GCAGUUUUGGGGCGGGGGGUUCAGGUUUCGCUCUUGGUUCAUAGUGCACGGUUCGUGACAAGUUCAGCAUCACUCGAGUUGGUCACAAAUCGAUUAUAUUUCUCGCUGCGCUGUAGACUUUUAUAAAGAAGGAAACAAAGCUGUCGUCACAGCGCUUCCUGGUUGUUAUUUUAACGUCAGUGUCGCAACCCAAACAGAACAACAGCUGCGAAAGCAAACUUGGUUAUUGCGUGAAAGCUGACUACCUAACUAAGCAACUUGAGCUUUUACAAAACGGAUAUCGGGGUCGUUCUUUUUGUAGCUUGCUUAUUCUCACGCUAUCAAGUAUUGGACCGAAACAUUGUUUUGAAUCCCUUUUGGCGAGCUAAAUUCCCUGCUAACCAGAACAAUGCGCUUCGCACCUGUCCCCUGCGCGGUGGGGUUGCUGUGCUGUGUUCUGGUGCUGGGCUCGGUACCAUUGGGGACCUCGUUCCCCGUCCAGGACGAGGGGAAACCGGGCAUAACGUUUCUGGAAGAGGUCGGGCGUCUCCGGGUCGGGUUCAACUGGCGGAACCUGACCUGUCCGGUGUGUAAAGUCCUCUUCACCAUACUGGACAUCGCUCUGUUGAGUGAUGUUAAUGAGGAGCGUGUAGCGCGGGCCGUGGGAGAGGCCUGUAUCCGUCUCCACCUGGCUGAAGAGCGGGUCUGUCGACAAAUCACGGAGCUGUUCAGAGAUGACUUCAUCAGGGCCUUGCAGCAGUCUCUGUUGUGGCCGUCGGAGGCCUGUGCUGUGCUGGUGGGGAGGUCAUGCGGACGCUUCGAUAUCUAUGCCCCCUGGAACGUUACCCUACCCCAGAUCCCAAAACCCCCAGUCACCCCACCCACGCCCCCCAAGCCCGGAGCACCACAGAGCAGGGUCCUCUUCCUCACAGACAUACACUGGGAUCAGGAGUAUGCGGUGGGCAGCUCUGCUGACUGUAAGGACCCGCUGUGUUGUCGUAACGAGUCUGGAUCUCCCAGCUGGCGUCGGAGAGGGGCUGGGUUCUGGGGCUCCUACAGUAAAUGUGACCUGCCCCUGAGAACUGUGGAGAACCUGUUGGAGAACGCAGCUAGAACCGGACCAUGGGACUGGGUCUACUGGACGGGAGAUAUACCCGCUCAUAACAUCUGGUCUCAAACCAGGAAUCAACAACUGUCUGAACUCUCCGUUAUCACCAGACUGAUACACAGUCACCUAGGUAACGUGAAGGUGUACCCGGCGAUCGGUAACCAUGAGAGCACACCUGUCAACAGUUUCCCCCCGCCGUUCGUCCAUGGCAACCGGUCAUCAAGCUGGCUCUAUGACACCAUGGCCGAGGAGUGGGCGCAAUGGUUACCAGAACAGGCCCUGAAGACCCUUCGGCAUGGUGGGUUCUACACGGUAGAGGUCCAGCCAGGUCUUCGAGUGGUGUCUCUGAACAUGAACUUCUGUGCCAGGGAAAAUUACUGGCUGAUGGUCAACUCUACUGACCCUGCUAACCAGCUCCAGUGGCUGAUCCACAUACUACAGGCCAGCGAGGAGAAGGGAGAGAGGGUGAGGAGGGUUAUAGAUGACCAGCUCCAGUGGCUGAUCCACAUACUACAGGCCAGCGAGGAGAAGGGAGAGAGGGUCCACAUCAUUGGUCACAUCCCCCCUGGUCUCUGUUUGAGCAGCUGGAGUUGGAACUACUACCACAUCAUCAACCGGUAUGAGGGUACAAUCACUGGUCAGUUCUUUGGCCACACCCACAUGGAUGAGUUCCAGAUGUUUUAUGACGAGGAGACGAUGACGAGGGCUGUGGGCGUGGCCUUCGUCGCUCCCUCCGUCACCACCUAUGUCAACCUCAACCCAGGUUACCGGGUCUACCUGGUUGACGGUAACUACAAGGGCAGUUCUCGGUUCGUUCUGGACCAUGAGACGUACAUCCUAAACCUUACAGAGGCUAACCGACAGCCUGAAGGAGUCUCCUCCCUGCUCCCCACCACCUCACAACUCCCCCUCUACCCCAACCCUGACCCCAACCCCAAAUGGACCCUCCUCUACCGCGCGUCGGAAGCCUACGGCGUCUCCUCCCUGUUCCCGUCGGACUGGGACGGGCUGAUCCGGACCUUCCUCCAGGACGACCGCGUGUUCCAGCGGUUCUGGUACCUCAGACAUAAAGGCCACGUGUCAGAGCCCUGUAAAGAAGCCUGUAAAACCACCAUCCUCUGUUUCCUACGUUCAGGCAGAUAUGAUGAGCUGGAGCAGUGUGAUCUGAUGCAGUUCAGGAGAGAUAUGGUUAGAGCUGUUAGGAAGACACUGUGUUGAACUGGGUUAGGGCGGGGGACGGGGGGUUA